UCUCCCGACUGUUUACAAUGACAGAGCUGAUCGAGGUGAGCUGGGGUUGAGGGAGCAUAAAGAACACACACAGCAACAACGUCAACAAUAACAACAACCCAUCAUCCAAGAAGAGUAGAUUAUAAAAAUAUGUUUGGUAGGGCUAAUUGAUAAUUGUCUAAUUCUAUAAGCUUUAACUGCACAUUUCAUUUCAUACAAGUCUCUGGGCAUGAUUUCAACAAGAGCACUUGAAUGGCCCUUUUAAGUUGUGAAACCCGGAAGACGGAGCCCGUGAGUGGGCCGUGAAGGCAGCAUCAGACUGUACUAUGCCUGAGCGACAGACCUGAGAGUUGCAGCUAGUCUGUGUAGGAUGGUGUGAGAGCACUUCUCUGACUUGAAUUACCAGUCUCUCUUACGGUGUUUGUGACUUAGUGGGCGAUUUGACUCAGGCGGUGAACGAGAAAUUUUAUUUAGACUUAUUUCUACUUUUACCUUACCUUAUUUUUUAUUUUCUCAUUAGUUAAUAAUUGUAUGUGAGUUUUUAUGUGAUAUUGCGCUCCAGUUUGACCCUGUCAUGGCUCAGGUACCGCGACCAGAAGCACAGCUGGUUGAGAUAGACCCGGACUUUGAGCCUCUCUCCCGACCGCGGUCCUGCACCUGGCCGCUCCCCCGGCCUGAGUUCAUCGACCCGGCCAACUCCAACACAUCCUCCCCGGCCCCGUCGGUGAAGCAGGAGCCGGGAGGAAACACCGACUUCGUUAGCAACCUUGGCUUGUUAGAGGAGGACUAUGAAGAGUACACAGAGCAGAAACCGUCUGUGCACUGCAAUGACUUUCAUUGUCGAGAGGGAAAAUGUGCCCAUCUGCAUCACCCCCACCACCAUCAUCAUGUUCAGCAGCAGCUCCCGGGUCCGCAGCUGCUGCCUCAGCAACAGGUGCCUGCUCCUGGCGUCGCAUUCUUGGGCAACUCCGGCCAGAGGAAGAGCAGCUCGUCCCGUCGCAACGCCUGGGGGAACAUGUCCUACGCUGACCUGAUUACUAAGGCGAUAGACAGCUCACCCGAGAAGAGGCUGACACUGUCUCAGAUUUACGACUGGAUGGUCAAGAGUGUGCCUUACUUCAAGGAUAAAGGAGACAGUAAUAGCUCCGCAGGCUGGAAGAACUCCAUCAGACACAACCUGUCCUUGCACAGCCGCUUUGUGCGCAUACAGAAUGAGGGAACAGGAAAAAGCUCCUGGUGGAUGCUGAACCCAGAUGGGGGAAAGAAUGGAAAGUCACCACGACGCAGAGCUGCCUCCAUGGACAACAACAACAAGUUUGCCAAGCUCAGAGGAAAGGCCACAAAGAAAAAGGUGGCUUUACAAGAAGGGGUUGAGGCAGGAGCAGGCAGCCCUGGCUCCCAGUACUCUACCUGGCUGGGAAGCCCAAACGAGCAAGGUAAGGAGGACUGUGAAGCCUGGAGCUCCUUUAGGACCCGGACCAGCUCUGACGCCAGCACUCUGAGUGGCCACCAUUCGCCUUUUCCUUCUGAACAGGAUGACCUGGGGGAAUCUGAUGGCCACAUGAUGUAUCCUGGAGCGGUGGUGGCCAAGAUAACCUCCACCCUGCCCAGUCUGUCCGAGGUGGCUGGAUCCAUGGGCCAACAUGGCUCUGAGAAUGUCAUGGAGAGUCUGCUGGAUAACCUGAACCUGCUGUCACCUAAAAACCCCCAGCUUGGUUCUGACUCCUCAAAUUCUACCAUGCUUCAGAGUAGCCCCUACAGCUCUUCUGGCUUGAGCCCACACCCACAGCAAGCCUACCAUAAGUGUGCGUAUGGCCAGGUGAGGAUGAACUCUCUCUCCUCUUCUCCCAUGCAGACUCUGCCAGAGACCAAGCUGACCUCUGGGGCUUAUGAGAAGCAGUAUAUCUACCCUGCUGGCCUCCUCAAAGAGCUGCUGACUGCAGAUGCAGACGCCAGCAGGGACAUGAUGCCCUCUAGGGAUACACUCGUGACUCAGGUUGGGAGGGGAGGUUGCCUAAUGCCCAUUUAUAGCAGUCAGAGCCAUGUUGGAGGUCAUAAUGGAAUGAAAAUGAUGAAUUCUCCUCAGAGACAUCCAAUUCCUCAUGUAACUCCACAAGCUGCACAUAACCAGGGUCCUUCAACCUCAAAAGACUUGAAUAGCUGUAAUAUGAUCCCACUAAGUGGUAUGACUAGCCUUUCAGGGGCCACUCGUCAGAUGACUAACCUCAGGACACGCACGCAGCUGCCCCGGGGACACCCAGCACACACUAAUGACAUCUUGGCAAGCUACAGCAGCAGCAACGGCUACAGGGAACUUAACUUGGUGCACCCACAUGGUCGUCAUCAGGAGCGGCUGCCCAGUGACCUGGACAACAUGUCCAUUGAAAGGCUUGAAUGUGACAUGGAGUCUGUCCUCCAUGACACCCUCAUGGAUGGCGGGGCACUGGACUUUAACUUUGACCCCACAGCUGGGCCUCAUGGGUUUUCUCAGAGAGUGAAGACCAACACACACAGCUGGGUGUCAGGCUAGGAUGCACUGGUGAUCACAAACAGAAUGAUUUUUCCAUUCUUACUCACAGGCUUUCUCAGCAUCACAUCACUGCUUACCUUCAUGCAGAGACUGGAAAAUGUCACUCCAAAGAGGCCACUGCCAUCACUGUCCAGAAAACACUCAAUGCAAAGUUAUUUGUCUUGAGUUGAAGUCCAUGUCUAACAGUGCAUGUUGUUACUUUACAUUCCAAGAGUAAACAGUUGAAGGACAGAUCAAUCAGACAAACUGAAUGAGAGACAAGUCUACACUUGUGAACUAGCCUGCCUGUCAAAAAAUUUAAAAUAUGUAUAUAUUUGUGUAUUUUUGCUGAUUCGUUGCAUAUUGCAGUAUAUAGUACAGCACAUUACAUACGACAGAGCAGAAGAUCAGAGUGCCUGAUAAAAUAAGUAAAAGAGCCAGUGCUGGAACAUGUGGUGAGCGUGUAGAAAUGUUAGCACAUUAGGCUGUGUUUUUUGGCCAAGU